UGGAAAAGACCAGACGAGUUUCAAGACGGUGGAGCACUUCACAACUCACGGAAGCUGACCGGACCAAGCUGGAAAUGACUUGACGGGCGCGGCCAUGUGUGACCAAACAUCUUCUAUCUUAAAGCGAGAGCCCAACAUCCAACACGAAGACCUUCCGGACCGUGUGACGUCAUCACUGGGAGAUAUCAGGCUGUUGGAACAGGACUCGGUGAAACAGCAGGGCGCAAGUAUCAGGACUCGAGAUAUCAUUGGGAAAAACGGAAAAUAUAAAGGCUCACUCUUUUCGAGACGAAUCGGAAAGUGCAUGAAUAAUUCGUUUGGACCGGGGAGUCAAAUGGUUAGCGACCUGAUGGACGCUGACAAAGAACAAACAGAACCUGUCACUAGCACUGCAUCUGCCGGAAAAAAGACCGCAUGUUCUACUGGUCGUGAAGACGAGAACCUGAUUCUAGCACCAAAAUCCCGCAGGAGGCGCUACCACUGUGAAGUUUGUGGAAAAUCAUUCAUGAGUGACGCUUCUUUGAAGGUUCAUAAGAAAGCCCACGCCGACGGCGUCACAGAGGGUCAGCGAUGUGAAUUCUGUGGGAAAAACAUCCGUUCAAAUAUACCAGCGGUACUGCGGGUACAUUACCGAACUCACAGCGGCGAGAAGCCGUACAGCUGCGGGACGUGCGGAAGGUCGUUCGCGCAGAAAUGUGAUCUGAGUGCCCACCACCGUAUUCACACUGGUGAGAAGCCCUAUCGGUGCGGGUUGUGUGGCGCAGCUUUCACGCAGCAAAGCUCACUCACUAGACACAACCGUAUUCAUACGGGUGAUAAACCGUACCACUGUGAUGUCUGUGGGAAGUCGUUCACCCGGAAAUCGUCGCUGGUUGUUCACUCUUGUCUUGACACGAAAGAGAAAACCCACCGGUGCGACAGCUGCGGGGAGUGGUUUUCUCAUCUGCGCGCUUUCAGGCACCACACACGCACCAAGCACGGUGAGGGACCGUAUUCGUGCGGCGUCUGUGGAAAACAGUUCACUCUUAAAGACAGCCUCAUAGUGCACGGACGUCUUCACACAGGAGAACGAGCGCAUUGCUGCGACAUCUGUGGGAAACGGUUCACAGUAAAGGGGGAGCUCACGAGACACUACCGGAGGCACACGGGCGAAAAGCCAUAUGGGUGUAAGGUGUGCGGUAAAUCUUUCACGCAGAACACCAUCCUCGUCAGGCACAGACGAACUCAUGCUGAGCGUGAAUAAUGCGUACGAGUAGGACCCGUCGACCUUGGCCAAGGAUUUUACAUUCCUUGCGGUCUAAAUCAAUCAGUUUGAUAUAUGUUAGGUAUUAAUCAUCAACUUUUUUGCGAUAUUCCUUUUGUGCACUGCAGUGAUUCCAAAACACGGGACAAUUGCUUGGAUGCUGCAAGUGUUUGCACGCUUGCUUCGUUCGCUCUCUUAA